UUUAGAACCGGCGUGCCAGCUGAUUAACGGCACAGCUGUUCUACUCUGAUAACAACGCAACGUAAGAAAUUGUGCACUUCAAUGUCGGUAACUUCAUUUUUGGCACGAUCUAGCAUUCCACUCCUACAUGUAACGUCAUCGAAAUUCCUGUUCUCCACAACAUCACAAAUACGAGAAAUAGCACUCAACUCAGUUCAAUAUUCAAGAAUGGCCAGCGAACUAAAAACUGUGUACGUCACUCGCCCGGACGUUGCACCAGUGGGCAUAGAACUGCUAAGGACAGAGUGUAACGUCAUCAGUUGGUCGGAACCGCUACCUGUGCCGCGUGAUGAACUCUUGCGACAAGUGGUUGGAAAGAAUGCAAUUUACUGUGCAUUAACGGAUAAAAUAGAUGCAGAAGUAAUAGAACGAGCGGGUCCACAACUGAAAUGUAUUGCAACUAUUUCUGUCGGUUACGAGCACAUCGAUAUUGUAGAGUGUAAGAGGCGUGGCAUACGUGUGGACGUGCUUACAGACGCAACAGCGGAGUUAACGGUUGCUCUCUUACUUGCCACCAGCCGUCGCUUAUUCGAGGCCAGCAAAGAGGUAUAUAAUGGUGGUUGGAAGUCGUGGGCACCCAACUGGAUGUGUGGACAAGGAUUGAAAGGUACACGAGUUGGUCUUUUCGGAUUUGGACGUAUCGGACAAGAGAUUGCAGCACGUAUAGUUCCAUUUAAACCAUCCCUACUGACAUACACAGCGCGCAGUGAGCAUGUUGCUGAAGCAGCCAAAGUCAAUGCGCAGCGUGUUAGCUUCGAUGAAAUGUUGUACAAAUCAGAUUUUAUAAUAGUCUGUUGCGCACUUACACCACAAACCAAGGACAUUUUCAAUGCAUCCGCGUUUGAGAAAAUGAAACCUAACUCAAUUUUCAUUAAUACAGCGCGUGGUGGCGUUGUUGAUCAACCGGCGCUUUGUGCUGCUUUAAAAGAGCGUCGUAUAUUGGGCGCUGGUUUAGAUGUCACCACACCAGAACCACUGCCGCUCGAUGAGCCGUUACUUAAAUUAGACAACGUUGUCAUAUUGCCACACAUUGGCAGCGCCGAUGUUAACACUCGCACGGAGAUGUCACGCAUAACAGCUUUGAAUAUAUUGGCGGCAUUAAAAGGCGAAAAGAUGGUUGCAGAGGUAUCCGUUUAAGGAAAGGACACAAAAUAUUUGUUUAUAUUAUAAGCCAACAAUAUUAUGACUACAAGCUAUUAUCAUUUUCAAUUAGAAAAAAGUUCUUUUUAUGCAAUGUAUGCACUUGGAAUUAUAU